AUGUACGAUGCCGUGCUGGGAUGGACGUUCCAAAGGUCCAUUAAGCGGAGCUUCGAAGUUAGUGAUCUACAGGCGGGUCUAAUAUACGAAAUUGUUCAGGAUCGUCGGCGUGAUGCAACAUCAAGCCCUCCUCUUGGAAGGCAGACGGAUUCCCCCAACAUAUAUAAGGGUUCCAAGCGAGAACUGCCGACCUCUUCAAAUGCAAAGUACAUGAACGUCAAGCGUGUUUCUUGCGCCAUGCAUCUAGUCCUUGGUAUUGCUCUAGCGUUCCUGGUCCGCAAUGGGCUUUGUGCAAAAGUUGCCUGCAAAUGCGCCCCUGACAUGCCAUGCUGGCCUUCGGACUCUGAAUGGGCUUCACUCAACGAGACUGUCUCGGGUCGUCUGAUGAAGACCGUCCCCGUGGCGUCGGUGUGCUAUACCUCAGAACCUGCUUACAACCCGGAAACUUGCCAGUCUGUUCGCUCCAACUGGACCACCUGGCCUUUUCAUUCGGCGGAUCCAGCAAGCGUGGGUGACCCGUCCCUGGACAAUGCCUGUAGUCCUAUCUACGCCAAUGGUACCAGCGUCUCGGGGAAUCCGAAUGCGGGAAAGCAAGGCUGCAGCCUGGGGUCCUACCCUCCAUACAUCAUCAAUGCGACCAGUACGAAAGACGUGCAGGCUGGAGUGCAGUUCGCCAAAAAGUGGAAUCUGCGAAUGAACAUCAAGAACACCGGUCACGGCGGUAAAAGAAGUUUCAAUGCCGGAAGCCUCUCGAUUUGGACCCAUCAUAUGAAGGAUAUACAGUAUCACGAAAAGUUCAUGCCGCAGUCUUGUCCGAGCAACAGGACGCACAUGGCAGCUACUCUGGGUGCUGGUGUGCAAGAUGGCGAAUUGUACGCAGCAAUGGCCAAGCACGACGCCAUUUCUGUCGGUGGAGAAAAUAAUGUAUUCGUCGGCUGGGCUACUGGCGGAGGUCACGGCCUAGCGACUGGUGUGUACGGGAUGGGUGCCGAUAACGUUAUCGAAGCUGUCAUCGUCACGGCAAAUGGUGAUAUCAUGACUGCGAAUGCAUGCCAAAAUGAGGAUAUCUUCUGGGCUAUUCGUGGUGGUGGCGGAGGCACCUUCGGCGUCAUCGCCAGUGUUACUGUCAAUGCGUACAAGAUGCCCUCGUUCACAAUGACAGGGAUAGAGAUGUCGCCCACGAAUGGCACAUUUGCUAAAGAUUGGUACAAACUACUGGCGCGGCUGCAUCGUGAUUUCCCCCGGUUGCAGAACGCAGGCACUCACGGCUAUUACACCAUGACCGGCGCUCCUAUGGCAUUCAGUCUUUCAUUGUUCCAGUACAACACCGCGAACGAUACAUCUGAGGCGAUCCUAAAGCCUUUACUAGAGAUCCUCGAAGCCGCGAAUGCGACCGCUACUUUCACAACCCGCAAAAUUCGGCAAUCUUCGUGGUAUGAUUUUAUGAAAAACGUGCCAUUGUUCGGAAGCACGGGGAAAACGCACGGCACUCGGGCAAGCAGAUUCAUUCCUGAGCGGGCAGUGCAAGAUCCUGAGUUGCUGGCCAGGACACUCGAGGCCAUCGCGGCUCCAAGCCCAGACUUACCGGGGGUCACGAAUCCAUCCAUCUCCGGUACCAUGACUGGUAGCAAAAUAUCAGUUGACAAUGCCUUGAACCCAGCUUGGCGUGAGGCAGUCGUCCAUGUCAUCACAGGUCAAAGCUGGGACGACACUCUGUCUGAUGAUUUGGCAGCCAAGGCCGUCCAUGACAUGACUUACAAGAGGGGAUAUGCUUUGCGGCAGCUGGCGCCCGAUACAGGUGCCUACGUCAAUGAGGCAAACCCGAACGAACCUGACUGGCAGUGGUCUUUCUGGGGACCAAAUUACCCACGACUUCAAGCGAUCAAACAGAAGUACGAUCCGGAUGGGCUUUUCUGGUGUCUUCACUGUGUGGGAAGUGAAGCUUGGACCGAAAUGAAGAACGGCACCCUUUGUCCUAUCAUUUAG